AUAUAUAUGUACACAUACCAGUAUAUACUGGAUCAAUAUCCCUGACUGCUUCAGGUUUGUGGCUCGCAGCUUCCACCACAGCCAUUUGAGAGGGUGCGAGCCUGCCCCCGUUGCUCUGCCCAGUUCCCGUGGUUUUGCCAGCAGGACGGCUUUAACGGGGCUGAGGGAGGCAGCUGCCCGGCGUUGCUGUCACAGCCUUUUGGAGACAGAAGGCGGGCAGCUGGCUCUGCCCUGCGCGAGGAGGUGAAGCUCGGGCAGGCGGACUGUCCCCAGCCCGCCGCGCUCCUCCAGAAGCCGGCACCGGAGAGCUCCGAGCCGGGAUCUCCGCCAGCUGCCCCGGGCGGCUCCGGCCGCUCCCCAGCACGGCGGCCCCGCGGCCCCAGCCCCGCCCCGCCGGUGACACCCCCGUGCUCCCGCCCCUCGCUUCCCGCCCCCCGCCGGUGCGGCGCGGGGGGUGCGGCUCGGCUCGGCUCGGCUCGGCUCAUCUCAUCUCAUCUCAUCUCAUCUCGGUUCGGCUCGGCUCAUCUCAUCUCGGCUCGGCUCAUCCCUGCCUCGCUCGUCUCGGUUCAUCUCUGCUCGGCCCGGCUCGGCUCAUCUCUGCUCGGCCCAUCUCUGCUCGGCCCGGCUCGGCUUAUCUCUGCUCGGCUCCGCGCCGCUCGGCCCGGCCCGGCCCGGCCAUGGUGGAGCGCUCGGACGAGGCGCCGCUGCUGUUCUGGGCCGAGGGCCCCGCCCGGGCGGCGGCUCGAGGCGGCUGGAGCGCGGCUCCGUGGGACGGCGAGGGGCCGGCGGAGGCGGCGGGGCCGCAGCGGGCCGAGGCGGAGGAAGACCAGAUCGUGGCCGUCUUCGUGGUCACCUUCGACCCCCGCACGGGCAACAUGGUGGAAUGGUGUUUACCCCAAGAUAUAGAUUUGGAAGGUGUGGAAUUCAAAUCCAUGGCAAGUGGGUCCCACAAAAUCCAGUCAGAUUUCAUUUAUUUCCGGAAAGGGCUCUGCUUUGGCCUGGCCUGCUUUGCCAACAUGCCUGUGGAGAGUGAGUUAGAGCGUGGUGCCCGCAUGAAGUCCGUGGGCAUCCUCUCCCCUUCCUACACACUGCUGUAUAGGUACAUGCACUUCCUGGAGAACCAGGUCAGACACCAGCUGGAAAUGCCAGGGCACUACUCCCAUCUAGAGGCAUUCUAUGAUGACAAGAAAGGAGUUCUUCCUGAUAGCAAGGGCACCCCCAGCUCUCAGCAACCUGUCCACUGGCUGCCUUCUAUCCACAGAUACAUGUACCCAGAGAUGAAGAUCACACACCCUGCUGGCUGUAUGUCUCAGUUCAUCAAAUUCUUUGGUGAGCAGAUCCUCGUCCUCUGGAAGUUUGCCCUGCUGCGCAAGCGCAUACUGAUAUUUUCACCACCCCCAGUUGGAGUUGUCUGCUAUAGAGUGUAUUGCUGCUGUUGCCUUGCAAAUGUUUCUCUGCCUGGUCUUGGAGGAACUGUCCCAGAGUCCAAACCAUUCUUCUAUGUGAAUGUGGCAGACAUAGAAAUGCUGGAGACAGAAGUAUCAUACGUGGCCUGUACAACAGAAAAGAUCUUUGAGCAGAAACGGGAUCUCUAUGAUGUCUAUGUGGACAACCAGAAUGUGAAGACGCAUCACGAACAUCUGCAACCGCUCCUGAAAAUUAACAAUGCUGACAAGGAGAAGUACCGACGGCUCAAUGACCAAAGGCAGAUGUUAAUGUAUUCUCAAGAAGUGGGUGAGGAUUGCAGCUCCUGUGAAGAGGACCUUUUUAUCUUGUUUUUCAUGGAGCAGAACAACCGCAUAUUCCAGACACUGAUGGAGGUGUCAGCCAGCCAGGACAAGACACUGACAGCUGACCACGCACGAGGCAUGGGCCUGGAUCCCCAAGGGGAUCGAAGUUUCCUUAUGGACCUCCUGGAAGUGUAUGGCAUUGAUGUUAUGCUAGUCAUUGACAACCCCUGCUGCACUUAAACCAAGGGCAACAGAGAUGGGGAGCAAAGAUCACUUUUUAAAGACUACCAGACAUUGCUUAGGAGGAUCACUGGAACUCACCACAGCCACAGUUAUUUAAUAACUUUAUAUGGAGAGUAUUUAUAAUUUUAAAACAAAAUGUGAUUUUAUUUUCUCACACUCAACUUCCCAGUGAGUACCUGCUCUAAGGUUCCUUUUGGUUUUGUCUCCCUUUCCCUUUCAUUUGUGUUUUUUUGUUUUGUUUAGCUAGGACCAGUGGCACCUUUGCACCAAACCUCACUGUUGCCAGUGAUAGCUAGGUUUUGGCCCGGCCUGGGUACCUGAGGGCUGAAGACUUCAGGAAAGCACUUUGUUUGAUGACAACCAAUGUGAAAUGCUAUAGCUGAGCUUUCAGACUUAUCUGGAAAAUCCUCCUAUCAACUGCCCCUUCCACUUGGGGACUGAAGAGGGCUUUAGCACAAGCUGUUAAUGGCCCAAUCUCAUAAAUAGCUCCUACCAAGUUUAUUGGUGGGAACAGUUAAACCAAUGAUAACAACCAGGACUCCUUUAAACACUCCUCACGCAACUUUUAGGUGAAUUGGAGUCAAGCCACCCUUCCUUGUAAAUGCCAGAAGCAAGUUUGGGAUUGGGGAUGCUACAGGAUCUUGACUUUGCUUACCAGAGCAGCAUGGUUUCACUUUCAGCAUCUGAGGUGGUCUAAACUGGCAGAGACUGCACCUACCUAUCUCAUAGCUGGAGAAGAGCACCCACCCUCCUCAAUCCAUCCCACCACCACCUUCGGCUUUUAGUUGCAUCACAUCUGCUGCUUUAGUUUAAAAUCUUCAAACCAGCAAGAUGGUCUCCCAUUUAACAAGGACCAACACCACUGAGCCACUUUGCAGUCACUGUUGUCCAGCCUCAGCUCAGAUGGUACUGGGCUGGAGGGGGUAGAAUAAGUAUGCUUUAACUAACGUCACUAGCCCUUCCUUUGUAGCUGAUGGGACUUGUUGCUCCUUUGCUUUAAUACUGUCUGCUAAUCCUCCUUUUGUUGAGCCUUCAGCACUGCCUGCUGCUAUCCCUGGCUUUCUGUGUGAGACAGAGAACAGACCUUUCAGCAGGAACAACUGAAGUUUGCAGGAGGCUCCCUUGGAGUUUGGUAUUCUUACCUGGCACAGCUGCUAGGAGCAAUGUUUAAAAGCAAGUCUGUCUUUUUUUCUGGGCAGAGUUGUAGAACCAGAUGAAACAGAUGUUUUCUUAUGCUGUUGAAAGAACAGGAUUCAGUUCCUGAAGUUCCUCCAAGAAGGCCAUCCCAGUAAAGAAUAAUCCCUUUGCCAUACAAAAUCCAGGAAUGCUACUGUGGGUUCUAUGUGUGACAUACAGCUUUGCUCCAAAUCCUUCAGCUAGUCGCAAUAUCAGCUUUCAGCUGACUGUUCUUCCUGAACUGUGGCUAUAGCUGAUUAGUUGCUGCUUCUAUCAUUACAGAUUUCAGCACCCUUGGAGGCUUUCUGUGCACUGUGGGAAUGCAGACUGUAGCUGAUGUAUCCAUUUGUCCUAGCAUUUUAUAGCAUGAGACAGAACCUGAACCACCGAGAUCUCACCCACUCUAAAGCAGGCAAGCACGUUUUUGAAACAGGUGAAGCAAAUGUUCUCCAAGCAUACCCUCUGUGGAUUGUCUUCCUCUGGAAAGGGGGAGGCAGUUGUUCCUGCAAUUUGCCUUUCUCUGAGCUGUCACUCCCCUAGCAGCUUUUUCAAGCUGCUUUUUCAGGGCUUUUUCAAGGCUUUGGGAUGUUUUUGUACAGAAGAAAAUAUGCAGUUGUUCAUACUGUCAAUUGCUCACAAUAACUGUAACACCAUCCUUAGAAGAUUGGGGAAAAAAAUGGAGAAAGAGGUAAAAACAGCUGAGUGUCAUGUAAUGGAAAGACCAGUCUCUUCUCCUUAAGAAAUGGCUUUGUUUUUAAAUUGACACCUGACGUGUAAAAGUGGCCCACAACCUCCACACUUUUUUUCUCUAACUUCCACUUGUUUUACAUGCUGUCUGCAGUGACGAUCCUUGAGGAAGUACAGCUGAACUACCCUUGUAUUGCUGUCACUUCUUCAGACAUCAAAAGAAAAAAAAAAAACCAGAACUGAAACUAGUCACAAGCAAUUUCUCCUCUCACUUUCUUGAAGGUUUGCUACAUAGUUUAGCUGUGGUCAAUUGUUAAUGACUUUCUAUUUUCUUUGCCUUUUGCUAAACUAAACAGAAACAAACCUUUGAUUUAAUGUUGAAAUUUUACAGUCACUGCAGUGAGAGGCUUUCUAACACCCUGCAUUAGAGCACUGUUGUUUACAAACUGUUGGAACAUGAGGUCUGGUAGACUGCACUGACAUAGCCCACUGAGCAGAAGCUCCUGAAAUUCCUAUUUGAUUUAUUAAAAGUCUGCUUUCCAGAAAUCAGGUCCUCAGUUCCUAGCAGUAGUAUGGGUGCAGAAGUAUCAAAGCAAGCAGAUUACUGUAGCAGCAUGCAUGUGCUACCAGUUGGAUGGUUGCAGCCUAUCUUAUUCUUCCUUGUAAUUUUGUUCUUCCUUGUGAUUUUGCUUCUCUAUCAAGGCUCUCUUGGCAGGCAACAGCUACAAAAGUCAGGAAGCUGUCCAACAGAAGACAGAACAAGAAGACUCUUCUCUCCUAACCCCUUCCUUAUUUGAUUAGCUGCUGAAGUGCUUUCACCUGCACUCCUUUUCUAAAAGAUAGCACUUUUAUUUUUGUCACAUGUGGAAAGUUCUUAAGAAAUGGGUAAUGGGUACAUCAUAGAAACAAAUUGUUAUAGCUUGGGACAUGAAGGGCUGUUCUGUGGAACCAGUUUAACUGAGUCUUAUCUUUCCAGAAGAUACCAUAAUUCAAGGUAAAACAGUUAUGUACAGAUAUUCUAAAUCCUCUCCUGGACACUCAACUGGUGCUUUGUUGCAUAGUAGCAGCUGGGAGACAUCUACUGGGUAUGUUUUGAAUCAAAAGAGGGAGGGAAAUGUGGUAUAAGAUAGGAUAUUGCUGAUUUGUCUUCUCCCUUUGCCUUUACAGUGGUGCCUUCAGUUUCUUGGGUGUAAUGCCUCUGGUCAGUUGCUGUGAUCAGAGCCCAGGUUUGAAUGGUUACGGUAACCAGGUCUAUCCUGUGCCCCUGUGUAUUUUCCAAAACUCAAAUUGUUGGAUAGCCAGUGCAGGUUCUCAGCUUGUACUUGCUUGACUUGAACCAGGAGAACAAGAACUUCCUAACUGCAUCUUAACUCAAGCUGCACUAGAAAUGUAUAAUCAAGCAAUGAAUUAUUACUACUUGUACUGUCUGCAUUGAAGGGUAAAGCUUAUGAGAGACAUAAAAGCUUGAUUUUCAAUCUGAACAAGCAACACCAUGCCAGACAUCUAAAUCAUCCAAAAGUCUUCUCACUGCAAGGUUAGGCCAAACUGCAUAGCGCCAAUAAAGAACUAUAAUGGAUAUUAGGAGAAAGGCACUUUAUGGAAUCAGAAUUCAGAUUUGUCUUACAGACAUGCCACUACCUUCUUUUCUAGCAUACAUGAGGUACUUACUGCAGUGUAUGUUACAGCCAGUGGUCAUGACUGUCACAGGAGCUGAGCUUGUGUGUUCACCAUCCUUUUGGGCAGAAGAAAGUUCAGUCACCUUUUCAAAAGGCAGUAGUUCCCUGUACAGGUUAUUUAGUAAAGCAGGGUUAUGGAGAUUGCCCAUUUUAACACCUGUCAAAGUUAAUAAGCAAAAGGCUGGGAGUAGCUGUGGCCCUCCUGGCCACAGACUGUGCAAGGGACAGGCAUGCUUUGCUCGGGGAGGUGGAAAACAGUGGCUCCUGGAAUAGCAGGGUAAGAGCACUCUAUCCUAAAGCAGAAUUCUAGGUAAAAAGCAUAUACAUUAACCCAAACUCUCAUCCUAGCCAUUACUUCUAAGUUAGAUGCUGUCUUCUUCCCACCUUCCCAAAACCAGUGGUGUAGUAAUUAUGAGAAAGGACAACACAAAUGUCUUUUACAAGGGACUGAAAUGUAUUGACUUAACAGUGUGAUCUGUCUAAAACUGAGGGUACUAAAUGCCUAUGAACCAGGAUUUUAGAUCUUGGUUAAUGCAACAUGUCAUUCAAAUGGGAAUGUUUAAAUGUGGUCAAAAUAAACAGGUGCCUUGAGCUGGUCCAUGAUUAGAUUGUUAUCCCUCCUUUUUAUUUAUGUUACAGUAUUUUAGAAUGGAUUGUAAGUUGAAGCCAGGAUAAGUGCUUUCGUGAGUGGGACAUAAGAUUCUACUCCUCCUUCCUGUCUUGGAGUUUGUACAAAGGAAGAUUUUUGUGUUGCUGUCAGACAGAAACAUAAGAACUAAGUCCUUUCCUCAACACUUCAGAUAGUGGGUUCAGCCCCUGCCUAUUUUAUGUAGUGUCUAUCUCACACCUCCCUUCUCAAUGUUGCAAUUCAGAGGUCUAGAAUUACCCUAUAUUGGAAGAACUCUGAACUGCAUAGGAAGGAGAAAAACUACUUGAAUGGUAUUUGUACAAGCUACUCAACUUAUGCUGAUAUGAAUAUUUAUAUACCAGCCUCUGUCCCAGAUGAUGCCUUGGUACUUCAACAUCAGAACAGCAUCAGCAAUACCAAUUCUGAAGGGAUCUCUUGGUUACCCUCAAGCAAGGAAUUACAUUGCAAUGGGAGCUAUGGAAGAGAACUAGUGAUUUUCGCUGUAAAAUGGUACAGAUGAACAAGGAGCCAGUUCUCACCACCUUACCCCUUGCAACAAGCUGGGUGUAAUUCUAACAGCUCUGAUGUUGUUUGCAUCUUGCAGAUGUGUGGUUGCUCCCAUAGGCCUGUGGCUCUGUAGAGAAAAUGCUUACUAAAAACAUGGGUAUUUUUUAAUACAAUUAAAGCUUACCUUUUUGAAA